CCCCCCACCGAUCAGCAGGCCUCACUCUUGGGUGGGGCACCAGGAGAUCUGACGGGUCGAGGGACCCCAGGCCAAAGCGGGGAGUGGUUUCUCGCAUGCACUUGGGCCCAAAGCCGAAGGAGCAGAGCUAAAAUUAGCUGUAUGGCUCUGGUGGCCACCUGCGCUGGUCCGUCCCACCCCUCCCUCAGGGACAGCUGCGGCCACUCCGGGCCCUGACUGCCUGGGACAUUCUGGGAACACUUUCUCCUCUUCUCACCCUGGCAAUUCCAAGACAGAGCCUCAAGGAGGUCGGAGUGGGGGCAGGGCAACCGGCAGGCUUGGUGUGAGGCCUGCCCCCACCCCCACCCCCCCACCCCCAACCUGGGCAGCCGGUGUCCACGGCAGGACAGGAGCCACCGCCCUCACACCUCGGCCUUUUCUCUCCCACAGGCUCUAAGCCCAGGACUUCAGGAUGGGGGAGUAAGUGCCAUCCAAGCCCAGGGCCCCUGCCACCCCUGCCCUCCCCCACCAUGGGGUGGGGGGGGUCUCCACAGCGCCCCAGCCCCCAUCCUGGCCCCCUCCCACUCCCACCUGCCCCCACGCUGCCUCAUCCACGCCCUGACCUCUGUCUUCUCUCUCCCCAUCCCACCUGCACUCUCGGGACAGUGAGGAGGUGAGUACCUACUUGGGGGGGGGCAUGAGACACAGAGGGGAUGGGACCCCCUACUUGGGAUAGGUCAAAGGUCAGAGCUCGAGGGAAGCUGCCCAGCCCUCCGCCCACGAACGAGCCCCACCCAGCCACCAGGACAGGGGCGAAAACAGGAAGUGGCUGCCAGUGCCUCGUGGGGCAGGGGAAGUGAGGCUGUGGCCAGAAACGCAACAGGGCCAUCACGGCCCGGAGACAGCACCUGAAGAGUGUGAUGCUCCAGAUCGCGGCCACCGAGCUGGAGAAGGAGGAGAGUCGCCGUGAGACUGAGAAGCAGAACUACCUGUCUGAGCACUGCCCCCCACUGCACGUCCCCGGCUCCAUGUCUGAAGUGCAGGAGCUCUGCAAGCAGCUGCACGCCAAGAUCGACGCGGCCGAGGAGGAGAAGUAUGACAUGGAAAUAAGGGUCCAGAAGAGCAGCAAGGAGCUGGAGGACAUGAACCAGAAGCUGUUCGACCUGAGAGGCAAGUUCAAGAGGCCCCCGCUGAGACGGGUGCGCAUGUCGGCUGACGCCAUGCUCAAGGCGCUGCUGGGCUCCAAGCACAAGGUGUGCAUGGACCUUCGGGCCAACCUGAAGCAGGUCAAGAAGGAGGACACCGAGAAGGAGCGGGACCUGCGCGACGUGGGCGACUGGCGGAAGAACAUCGAGGAGAAGUCUGGCAUGGAGGGCAGGAAGAAGAUGUUCGAGUCCGAGUCCUAGGCCGCCGGUGCCCCACCAGGGCCCGGAGCUCCCGGCGCAGUGAGGGAGGAUGGGGCUCGUCUAAGUGCUCAAUAAAGGAUUCCAAUCCCCA